CCCGCCCCGGUUGAAGAGCCCGCCCCGGUUGAAGAGCCUGCCCCGGUUGAGAAAGCUGUCGAGAUUCCCGCCACCGAGGAACCUACCACCACUGAGGAACCUGCCGCCUCUGAAGAGCCCGUCGCCGAAGAGCCUGUCACCGAAGAACCUGCUCCGGUCGAAGAACCUGCUCCCGAGGAGCUCGCUGCCGCUGAAGAACAACCGCCAGUAGAAGAGUCUUCGUCUGUUGAAGAGGUUCCCGCUGAACAAGCUGUUGACGACCCCGCACCAGUGGAAGAACCUGCUCCGGUGGAAGAGGCUACCCCUGCUGCAGAAGAGCCUCCCUCGGCGGAGGAACCUGCUGCUGAUGAGCAAACAACUGCGGAAGAACCAGCCCCAGUAGAAGAAAUCACCGUUGAAGAGCCUGUUGCAGCAGAAGAAACUGCUCCGAUAGAAGAACCUACUGCAGCGGAAGAGCCUGUUGCAGCAGAAGAACCUGCUCCGGUAGAAGAACCUACUGCAGCGGAAGAGCCUGUUGCAGUGGAACCUGCUGCUGAGAAGCCUGCUCCGGAAGCAGCUGCCCCGGCUGAAGAACCCGCCGCUGUGGAAGAACCCGCCUCUGUGGAAGAACCCGCCUCUGUGGAAGAACCCGCCGCUGUGGAAGAACCCGCCUCUGUGGAAGAACCUGUUGCUGUGGAAGAACCUGCUGCUGUGGAAGAACCUACUGCUGUGGAAGAACCUGCUGUUGUGGAAGAGGCCAUUCCGGUCGAAGAGGCCGUUCCUGCUGAAGAGCGGGCUGCCGUUGAAGACGCUGCACCUGUUGACGAACCCGGUUCGGUCAAUGAACCAGAACCGGCAGAAGAUAUAGCCCCUGCUGAGAGAUCUUUUCCUAUCGACCCAUCAGAAGUCGCUGCACCGCUACCGGAAGAACAUGGCGAAAGCGAAGGAUAUGAAGCAGAUCCGAGCUCAGAGCCGUCAGAGGAAACCGAGGCUAUUGAUUCUUCAAGAGGCGAAAUCCUAGCUGGAGCCGCGGCCGGGGCCGCUGCUGCUGCUGCCGCCGCCGCAGCCGCCGCAUCAGUCCACCGGAAAGACUCACGAAGGAAGCACAGAAGAUCACCUGACGCCGACUAUGAUCGGAAGGAGUCUAGAAGCUCUUCUGACGGCCAUCGAUCCCAACGGCAAAAAGGUGAGCGUGUUGGUAUUGUGGGUCGAUGGGCACAAGCUUUACAGGAGUCCAAAAGACUUCAUGAAGAGAAGCAGAAGCAAAAGAUCCAGGUCAUCGAGAAAGAGCGCCGCUCUUUGGACCGUGGAAGAGAGAGAGAAAAGGAUAAGCAGCGGGAGCGUGACCGGGAUCGCGACGAGCGGAAACGUGAACGGGAACGAGAGUACGAACGCCAACGCGAGCUCGAGCGUGAGCGCGAGCGCGAGCAAAGACGACAAGAACGCGCGCGCAGACAACAAGAAAAAGAGCGUAUACAACAAGAGCAAGAGCGUAUACAACGAGAGCAGGAGCGUAUACGAGAGCAGGAGCGUAUACAACAAGAGCAAGAACGCAGACAACAAGAGCGUGAGCGCAGACAACAACGAGAGCGCGAACGCGAACAACGUGAACAACUUGAACGGGAGCGGGAGCGGGAACGCGCAAAGCGCUCUGAGCGAAGCGCGAGAUCAAGGAACUUGGAACAAUCCGAACGUUCGUUGAGCGGGAAAGAGAGCGCACCUGCCAGGUCACACCCACGCUCAGAUCACUCCGGAAGCCAGGACCGCGAGCGCAAGAGCAGCUCUUCAUCACGCCACACCCAGUCCACAGAACCCAAGCCUCGCUUCUUCCUGAAGUAUAUGGAGGGUCAGUCGGACACCAACGGCCCACUCCUGAAGAUCAAUGCUGCCAAGGCCUCCGCCAACGUCUACAAAGAUCGUGAGAGAAGGUCAUCCUCCCACCAGAGUCAACGUCAGUCGCAAGAAGGCAAGAGCAGCAGUGAGCGCUCCGGUCGAUCACGUCCCGAGGACGACGAAGAAGCUCGAGCUCGGCGUGAAGCUCGCAGAGAGCGCAAGAGGAUGGAAAUGGAGCAGGAAGCAAGGGCAAGGGAGGAGGAACCCGAGCAACGUCGCCAUCACCGCAGUAGCGGAGAGCAUCGCCAUCGCCAUCACAGGCAUCGUCGCGAGCCGUCUCCUCCACCCAGUGGGCCUUCCAAGCUGAAGACCCUCUUGGGAGCGAUUGCUGCUCACUGA